AAAAAAAAGAAAGUCCAAAGUCCAUUGACUUCUGCAGAUGCCAAUGUACAACAAACUAGACCGUAAUUACGAGUAAUCUUCUCCAUUGCUAUUUAUAACCGAUAAUGAAGCAAUCCACCAAAGUCUAGCUUUAAUGGGGUCAACUCUGUAGUUUUCACAUUUAAAACCCCUCUGGCUUUUUUUCUUGCGUUGCGCUUAUUAUUCUUGCAGUUUUGAGGUUAAAUGAAUGACCCCUUUUGUUUAAUUUGUUCUUCUUCUCUGUUUUCUGGUUCAUUUCAGGAUGAAUUUUGGUCCCAGAAAGUUGUUAUUCUCCCAAUUCAGUUCUCACAUAACUCAUUCUAGAAUCCUUCUAGCAAAGGAUUUUGUUGAUAAAUGUUCUUGUUAUAUCUUGUGUCCUCCUGAAUGCAAUACAAAUUCAGAUGAUGCUAAUAACAAUUUCUACCCACCACCGCCGCCUCCUCAUCCAUCAUCAAGCCAGAAGAACAAUAUGCCGAUGAUUUUGAUCCUGAUGCUCUGUGUUUUAGGUGCUGCUUUUGUUUGUCUCUGUUAUCUCACCAUUCUGAAAAAGUACCGUUCCAAUCUGAAUAAUUCCAGGCGGAGGUUUUUAUCGUUUGGUGAUGUUGUAAAUCAUGGUGAGAAUUUUGUUGAUGAGAAUCACGGCCCUGUUUUUGACCAUCCCAUAUGGUAUAUCCGAACUGUCGGUUUGCAGCAAUCCGUGAUUGAUUCGAUCCCGAUUUUCAAGUUUAACAAAGUGGAUGGAUUGAUUGAAGGAAAAACAGAGUGCUCUGUUUGCUUGAGUGAGUUUGAAGAAGAUGAAAGUUUAAGGCUUUUGCCCAAAUGCACUCAUGCUUUUCACAUUGCUUGUAUUGAUACUUGGUUGAGAUCCCACAAAAAUUGUCCCCUUUGCCGUGCUCCGGUCGUGACGGAGACUUCUCCGCCGGCGGCGGCAAACUCACCUGUGGACUCUGCUAGGGAAGAUGCAACAGCAGUUGAUGAUCACCGACAGAUGAAUAGUGAAAAUGGAGAAGUUUCUUCAAGGGCUAAUGAGAUGAGAAUUGGAGGCGAAAAUUUCGGAAGAUUGCCGGAUGAACUGGGGAAGAUUUUAGGUAGGAAUAAUGGGAUUCGAGUGCUAAGCGAUUUGGGUGAUUUCCACCGAGUUAGCAGAAUUGAGGAAGAUGAUUUGCAUCAGUCGACUGUAAGAAGAUCAUUCUCCAUGGACUUAGCUUCAGCUUCCAGGCUUUGUGCUGAAGUUGCUAAGAAGAUUGAUGAACCAGUAGUGAAACAAGAGGAAGGGAGUUCGAGUAAUGAUAGUCAUGAAGAUGUGGAGGGAGACAUGAAGAAGCAGAAUCCAGGUACGGAUACAGUUUCCAUCAAGAUUGAAGCUAAGGAUUCAACAACUUGUUCAAGCAUAAAUAGAUCUUCCUCGAGAAAGAGUUUUUCAUUUGGGCGUUCUCUGCAAAGUGUGCCUAUUCGAAUGAAGAGGUCAUUUUCAUCAAGUGGUAAAUCAACUUCUCAAAGUAAUAACAGCAGAAGUCAAGAAUUGGAUCAGACCCUUUGAAUUUGAUUAGGCCCUUUUGGAUUCUCGACGAACAGAUCGCAUAGUCUUCGUGCCGGAGAUGAAUCAUUCAGAAACAGAGAGGCCUUUGAUUUGGUUAGAUGAAGCUAAAACUGAUGAGGCCUUAUUAAGUGCUUAUGGUCUAAUCUCUUAGUGCUGAAUUCUCUCAGUAGCACAAACCAUUUGUGUAGAAACGGAAAAUUUGAUUUGAUUUGGUAUAAGAUGAUACAGUUAGUCUCAAAGAUUACCAUUUUGAUCUUCUAGUCAUCUUUUGUUCUUCUCCAUUUCAUGAUUUCAUCUUUUCAUUUUCGAUAGUUUACACAUUUCCAAGUCAGGCACGACACAUAGAUCGUGACAGAUGAUCUCAUCUCUCUCAUAGAGAAUCUCAUCUGGUUAAACUUCCGCACCGACUUCCAAUCAGAACCAUCUAUUUAAAUUUGUUAUAUACACAAUAUAUCAUAUUAAGCUCAUUAGAUCAGCCUUUUCAAAGCCAUUUAAUAUGUGCCUGUGUCUCAGUGUGUGUGUGUGUAUCUUAAUCACUUCUGGGAUUUGGUACGGAUCUUAAAUUCUUCUGACUGCAUAUGACUGGAUUAUUGGUUUAGAUUCAAUCAUUUUAGUAGUAGUUGAUCUUCCAGGGAAGGUAUUAACUGCCCAGAGAUCAAAAUUGCCAGUAAUCAUCCCAUUUAUUAAUGUGGUGUUAAUACUUCCCAGUAAUCUUUGACUUUAUACAGUAAGUACCAGUGUGUUUAUUUGUUUAUAGUAUUAGGCA